UUUGUUUUUAAAUAGCUGAAGAUAAGCAAAGAAACUUGUUCUAUGUAGAAUUAAUUGUAAGAUUAGAAUAUAGAAUAUAGAACGCGAUUAAAGAUCAUUCGAAUACACUUGAUUACGCUUUUUAAAAAAAUUAUUCCACUUACUUUCGAAGAUGGCGCAACGUACGAAUGUGAGAAAGAAAAUAAAACAUUUGAAAGUAGCACGAUGCAUGUCAUCGAUUGAAGUUCGUUGACAACGUAGAUAAUUCGUUGCAACGUUCUUGACUUCCUCUUGACGGAUUAUUAUUGUGUUCGAUCUAAGGAGCCUUGUUCUUUAUUGUGCGAAGAUUCUUUUGUGAUUUGUAAUUCAUUGAGUGCGAUCAAACGAAGCUAACCAAAAUACAGGACGGAAAUUCGAGUAGAACAAUCUUUAGAUUUUGAUUUUUAAAACGACGUUAUACGGUCCAAGUGUUUUUGUUUAAAUUGUUUAACCUGUUCAUUCUUUCCUUUAUUAAAUGGACGAACAAGAAAGCUCGAUUUUAAGUACAAAAGAAGAGUACAUUUCGAAUAAUACGAUUGUGAAUGAUAAAUUUGAAUAUGAGAGUGACACGAGGUCGAUAAAUUUGAAGAAAAAAGAUGUCGAAGUUUUUCGAAAUUCUAAAUUCUUUCGUUGUAUACUCGUUGAUUCCUCGACGAGCAAGUGUUUAAAGGAGAUAGAAUGUGAUGAAGAAAAGGCCGGCAUGAUCGUGUCUUUGUGUCAAACAUCGCCAAGAAAAAAUGAUAUAAAAGAGAAAGAAAGAAAAUCUGAGGAAGAAAGAAAGAAAGAGGAGGAGAACAACAGAAAUCGGUAUAUCUUAGAACAAAACGAGGAGGGAUCCCAGAUGGCGUUGCAGGAAGAUUUCAUGGCGGUCGCGAUGUCAUCGGAAACUUCGACCAAUCAUCGAUUAGCUUCUAAUAUAAGCGGCGAUUUUAAAAAAGGAAACAUGGAUACGUCGAAAAUUCCUCGCGAAAUUAUAAUCAAUCAAGAAAGAAGAUCUUCCAGAGAUGACAAUGAUGACAGACGUGAUUCGAUCGAAACAAACAGCAGCAGUGGAAGUAGUUGUAAUUCUGGUUUUCUUGCCAAGAAAAUAAAACGAAUUAAUCGGACGAUGAGGAAUAAAAAUCGUGGGACUUUCGAAGUUCGGCGGAAUCCAAUGCGAGUUAGUAAGAAAGACAUGGAUAAAAAUUUUCGACGUCCAAGACAGUGUCUCUUGUCGACCAAAAGGAAAGAUCGUUUUGAAAAUUCGAUGUCUAUGAUCUCUAAUCAAACGAAAUCAUCACCUACACCGUAUAUGAAUACGAGAUCGGUGACUCGUAAAAUGUGUAACGUUGGAGCUACUUAUCAAGCACCAACGAUAAGAGACGAGACUCAAUGGAAGGAAUGGCCUGUUCAUGGAAUGCAUGAAAGACCAAUUUUUCAUCCUCAGGUCGGACUUGCAGCUGAAUAUAUAGGACGUUGUUUCGUCAGUUUAGACGGACUUUCUUAUCGAGAAAUCGUUGAUCAAUCUGAGAUAGAAGUGGUCUCAGUAGAUCCCCAUGGCGAAUGGUCAUCGUCCAGUGAAAAGAAACGAGGUAGAAAGAUGAUAACUACGGUCUAUCGAAAGAAUACCGAAGAUAAGAGAAAACGAAAUCAGCAAGAACGUACUUUCUCCGAUACAUCGAAAGAUAAACAAGAAUUUUCAGGAAACUUUCGAAAUUGCAGUAGAAAAUCUUUAGACACGAUCACCCACAGUUCAAGAAAAUCUGCCGAGGAAGAGAACUUUUUAGAAGGAUAUGCGAUUGCUAUGUCUCAAAGCAUUCAGAGUUCUGCUAAUUUUGUUAAAACUAAUUCUUGGUCCGCAACGACACCGACAAUGUUCGUCGCUGAACGACAAAAACCAUCUAAUAAUUUCUACAAUGUUCAAACUUUACACAGCAGUCAAUUGAAAUUUGCCAAUAUACUGCCUAGACCAUCGCCAAAGAGUUCUUUAAUAUUCGUAAGAACUACAGAUACUAAAACUUCUAAUUGUUACUCGACAUCUUCUAAUCAAAUAUUUAAACCAUUCUCUAAUGAGAUUAGCACAACAAAAUUAACAGAUACUGUAAACGACGAGGCAUUGAUGGAAAUGAAUACAAUUUACAAAACUCUUAUACCCAAAGAAGAUUCUUUUUCGAGUUGCGAGAAUUCUUCGAUCAAUGCCAGUAAUUUUUGUAGAAAAGGGAUGAUGAAUUAUGUUAACAAGCCACAGAAUAUUGUAAUGACGAAAUGUCUUUUUACCGCGAGACAAGAGAAACGAGAAAGUAUACACGAUAAUCAAAAUAUUAAAACUGUGAGAAAGAAUUUAAACGAUAGAUCCACAUUAGAAAUAGCAUUGAGAGAAAAUAAAGAUAAGUCUUGUACGACUAGUAACACCCUUGAAAAUUGGUCUACAAACGAAACAUCCGAAAUUGCAAAGAUUCUUUCAGAAUAUAAUAGAAGUAUAGCAAGGAAAUCUACUAUACAGGCGGAAAACUAUACUAUUCCUCUGAAAACUCAAAAACCAAAUAUAUUACGUAACAGUUCAAAAGAUUCGAAAGAGACGAUAUGGAGCAAGGAGGAAAGAAGAAUAGACAUUAACUCCAGAGGAGAUUUUACAGAAAGAAAAGCUAGCAUUAGGUUGCCUCAUGGAAAAUGGAGAAGAUUUCACUUCACGGUGGAAAAAAUAAAAGAUUCGUUGGAUGUCACGGAUCGUACCCAAUCGACGUUUAUUGAGCAUCAACAGGCAACAUUAAAAAAUACCAGAAUUAGCACGAAUAGUAUCAGUACUACCAAUUCUACUCCUCGUCGAGAAAACAGAAGGAAAUCUCAGCUUCCUUACAGAAGUUAUGAGAUGUUGCCUCACGAAGAAACUUCAAAUAUAGUGAAUUCUAUAAAAAAGGAAUGUACGACGACAAAAAUGGAGAAUUCUACAAAAACGCAGUCUUUGCAAGAAUUGUUAGAAAGCACAGCUGUUUUAUACUGUACUACAGCUGGUGGUACUCGUCAAGAAGACUUAGCUGGUUACGUUGAUACGAUGGAUACCACCAAUAAAUCUGUGCAAUGGUUGGAUUCGUGGAAUAAUCAAAUUGUUUAAAAAUUUAUCUUUUUCGUAUUAAGUGAAUGGUCUUGUUACGAUCAUGUUUUUCAUUAUUUUACGUUUACUAUGUUAACUACGAUAUGUAGGUACUUUUUAGUUAUACAAUUAAGUUUAAUUUGCUUUAGAUUCGUUUCAAUAUCAUCCGAUCAAACAUUUAAAAAUACAUACAUUAUACGUGCGAAAGAAUAGUUUUGUAGCAUAUAUCGAUGUUAAGUUAUUAAGAUUAUUACAUAAUAAUAAGUUUCUUUGUAUUACCUAUUUUAAGUAUGAAGACAUAAUUCAUAAAAAAAGGUUAUUGGUAUUACAGAAAUAUUAUUAAAUUUUAUUAGUUUACAUUUAUUUGGAUCGAAAUAGAGAGGAUUAAAACUUAAUGAAAAACUCGACGAUUACAUGCAAAAUAUAUAUGUACGUAAUUAAUAAUAAUAAUUAAUAUCUUAGAAUGUUUUAUUACUAGAUUAGAAAUAUGAUUCUGCAAAAAGGCUUACCCAAAUAUUUUAUCUCUAAUCAUAUAUUUAUUCAAGUCAUUUAAUGGACUUUCUUCUCUUGUAAAAGCUAUGAUUGAUUAAGGUAUAAAAUAUUUGCUUUCGUUCUUGAGA